CACAACAUUCAGAACGCGACUCCGUUUACACACAGCCGCAGAAGAAGAGAUUCGGUUUAUUCUCGUUUCUGUGUUUUACUGACACGCAAAAAUACAAUUAAAUAUUAGCAGUAUUAGCAGCCGUUGUUCCCCGCUCAUCUCAGUGACGUGUAGCGCCGUGCUCGCUACCGCGUCUGCCUGCUGCAAGUGAGCGCGUUGCGCGGGUGUGUGAGUGCAGUGAGUGCGCGCGCGUCGUGGCCGGGGCUCUUGAGCAGCACGCGACCGUGUCCCGUUGAACGGCUGUCAUGUCCAAACUGGAGCAGAUUCUGAUCCUCGACCCACCGAGCGACCUCCGCUUCAGAGGACCUUUCACAGAUGUGAUAACCACCAACCUGAAGCUGAAGAACCCGUCUGACAGAAGAGUAUGUUUCAAAGUGAAGACCACAGCUCCUCGCCGCUACUGCGUGCGGCCCAACAGCGGCAUCAUCGACCCGGGCGCUACGGUCACUAUCUCAGUGAUGCUCCAGCCGUUUGAUUAUGACCCGAAUGAGAAGAGCAAACACAAGUUUAUGGUGCAGACCAUCUUUGCGCCGUCCGGCGUAUCGGACCUGGAGGUGAUGUGGAAAGAUGCCAAACCUGAUGACCUGAUGGACUCUAAGCUGCGCUGUGUGUUUGACAUGCCUUCAGAGAAUGACAGAAUGAACGAACAGGAAUCCAGCAAAAGCACUGCUGUUCUCAACGCGUCUAAAGCGGACGGCACGUCAGGAGCCAAACCCAGCUGCUUGUCUAUGGACGACACUGAGAUGAGGAAACUGGUGGAUGAGUGCAAGAGACUGCAGACAGAAGUGGGAAAACUGUUCGAAGAAAACCGCCAGCUUAAGGAUGAAGGACUGAGGAUGAGGAGGGCCAAUCAGUUCGACACCUCCGCUUCGAAGCCUUCAGCGAUGCUGAGCAAAGACCCCGCCUCCAAAUCCCUGCCGUCACUGCUGGUCGUCAUCGCCGCCAUAUUCAUCGGCUUCUUCCUGGGAAAGUUUGUGUUGUAGGGCAUCGGCGUCCUCGUUUCCCGGGCUUGGCGAGCAUCGCGUGCGUUCCUGUCGAUAACCGUCGCGUCAGUGCCGACGUGCCCCAAAGCGACGGCAAUACAUGUGUCUGUGUACAAGAUCAUUCAAACGGGCCUUGCCUUUCUCACACGGUUAGUACACACACAAACAAACAAACAAACAAACAGACACACACACACACACAAACACGAGAGGAUGGUCGGGUUCUCCUGUUAUUCUGCUUUCUGUGGUUCCGGGUGGGUUUUUCUGGGGUCGGGGAAGAAGAAGAAACUGUCCAUUUGUCAAAACCUCAUUAGCAGCCCUGUACAGGGCACCGUGUGUAGAGACCUUCAUGGAAAUCUAUGAAUAAAUAAAAGGAUGUGUUUUCUUCCUCUCUGUGGUUUUAUUAAGAGUUUAAUGGAAUGUUUUAAGUGUCAUGUACAUGUUCAUUGUGAUUUUGAUUCUUUUGACAAAAAAAUGGGAAAUGCAGAUUCGUAAUAAACAAAAAACAAACCAGUCGUCUUUGCUACUUGUUGCUGGAUGAAACACUGAAUUUCACAUUGAUUUACUGAAUGUGAUGAGGUCGGAUGGAAAAAUGUGUCUCCUGUGUUUAUGUUUUUCCUCACAAUCUCCACUGACACCAACAUUGAUUUCAAUCAUUUCAUUGAGUUUUUCUUUAUGCAAAUUAUAUGUAUCUAAUUGUGAGGCAACUUGACUGAAUACAGAUCAGCUUUUACAGUCCUGUGGUAUUUAACAUUGCUUCAAUAAAAUGU